AUGGGGGAGAUAGCUUGGAUGAUUAGAAGCAUAUUAAAUGGAGAUUUCGUUCAAGCAACUUACUGCGCCCCUUGCGCUACGCUUUGUUUCCUGGGCACCGUCAAGACUUACUAUCGAAUAAAAUGCUGUGAUGUAAUUGAAGCAGUGUUUACCAAGUCUUCUCUAUUUAACUUCAUGGCGAGCAGCCUGCUGCUCUGCCUAUCCGGGUUUAAUAUCAUGGCUUAUGAGGACUUAGCUAUGCUCAGUAAUUUCCUCAGUUUCCUGUUUAUUUGCUUGCUGCAAAUAUACCUUAUGUGCGAUUACGGCGAUAAAGUUUCACGAGCUAGCAUGGAUUUAAGUGCUGCAGUCUAUAACAGUCAGUGGUAUAACAUUGAUGCGAAAGCAGCCAAGAAUUUACUUAUCAUUUUGACCAGGGCACAAAAACCUUGCAAGCUGACUGCUUGUAAAUUUGCCGAAAUAAAUUUAGGAGCGUUCACACGGAUAUUAAGCUCAUCUUGGUCUUAUUUCGCCCUGUUGAAAUCGAUGUACAGCAGAAACAGUACACUGGAGAGUACAGGAAAACAGUGAGCAUUAACACUGGAGAGUACAGGACAACAACUAAUCACGUC